GAGCGGCGCGCCGGCGCGGCCCGGCCAGUGGCUCGCCGGCUGCGCCAGGUGCAGGGUUGGCUCGGUGGCUCGGUGCGCGCGCAGCUGUGCAGUGUCUGCGGCGGGAGACGCGCGCGUGUGAUGGGGGGAGCGCAGCAGUAAGUGCGGUGCAGCAGCCACGCUGGCGGACCCUUGCGGCGAACUGGACAACCCCUUCGUGGCGGCGUACACCAGCAUGAUGGAGGACUACAAGCCCAUGGACCUCCAGCAGUCGCCGGCCAACUACAGCAGCGCCGCCGGCCACCUGUCGCCCACCCACUCGCCCGGCAUGGCCCACCUCGGCCACCACCACUCCCUGCACCAGCUGUACGGCUCGCCCUACCACGGCGACGACCCCGGCAUGACGCAGGUGGCGCAGAUGGUGCCGAGCGUGCUGGGCGGCGCCUGCCAGUGGCAGGGCUACCACCACCACCACCAGCACCAGCACCAGCAGCACCAGCAGCAGCAGCAGCAGCAGCUGGCGGCGGAGCCGGGCCUGGCGAAGACGCAGCAGCAGACGCAGCAGCAGCAGCAGAAGGCUGCCAAGGAGCAGCGCAUCCGGCGGCCCAUGAACGCCUUCAUGGUGUGGGCCAAGGUGGAGCGCAAGAAGCUGGCCGACGAGAACCCGGACCUGCACAACGCCGACCUCAGCAAGAUGCUCGGCAAGAAGUGGCGAGGCCUGACGCCGCAGGACCGCCGCCCCUACGUGGAGGAGGCGGAGCGCCUGCGCGUCAUCCACAUGCAGGAGCACCCCAACUACAAGUACCGCCCCCGGCGCCGCAAGCACGCCAAGCGCGCCGGGCCCGCCCCCGCCGCCGCCGCGCCGCGCCGCGCACUGCCCGCCUCCCCCGGCAAGCACCAGCCGCCGCCGCACUUCCCGCAGCAGUUCGCCUACUCGCCGCUGCACCAGGUCUACCUGUACGGCAAGGGCGCCGCCAGCCCCUACAUGCACACGCCCGAGGCCUCGCCCGCGGGCAGCCCGGAGCCGCUGGGGCUGGCGCAGGGCCGCGCCGCCCCCGGCGCCUCACCGCUGCUGCAGCCGCCGCCCGAGCUCGGCGACUCGGCGCCGCAGGGCCGCCCCCAGUCGUGCUCGUCGGCGCUGGACGAGGUGAACGCGGCGCUGCCCACGCCCGAGAUGUCGCCCCUGGAGCAGGAGAAGGAGGGCUUCCAGCCGGGCUGUCCAGGCGAGGAGCGGCAGCGCGGCGUGAUCGCCUACCCCUUCGGGCGGCCCUACCACCCGCCGCACCACCACCACGCGCCGGGCCAGCUCACGGCCACCAUGGGGCUGAGCAACGGCGUGAUGAUGAUGUGCACGGCGGCGGGGCGCGGCUACGAGGGCGGCGUGGUCACCGGCACCUUCUACCCGCCCGUGGCCACGUCUCAGGACGGCCAGCUGCUGGGCGCGCCCGCCGGCCAGCACAUGUACACGUCCAGCAACUCGGCGGCCCCCUGCUCGCCCUCCUACCUGUACUCUGGUGGAGUGCCGGCCUCUUGCAGUCCCAGCAGCAGCCAGUACUCGGGCGCCAGUCCGGGCCUGCACACCUACUCCAGCGGAGUGAUGAUGGACGACAGGGUGGGCUUCAGCCACCACGGGUACGUGAACCAGUCGGAGGAGGAGGAGCUGAUGCUGGAGGACGGAGUCGCGGACAAUGGCCUGAUGGACACCCGGGAGUUUGACAAGUACUUCAAGUACUCCGCCGGGGGCGGCCAUCACCAGCAGCACCACGAGGCCGGCGGCAGCGGCGGCGAGGACUCGGCGCUGGACUCGAACCACAACUACCAGCAGCAGGUGCUGGCGCAGCACGGCUACUACAGCCACCCGCACGGGGGCGGCGACCUGGUGACCGGCCACCAGGUGUUCAAGGUGGAGGCGGCGCCGCACCCGUACGCCGCCCACCCCCAGCAGUACCACCACCUGGUGUACGGCCCCGACGGCGGCUCCACGGCCCCGUCCCCGCUCGAGUACGCCGUGCCGGAGGCGGCGCACCACCACCACCACCAGCCGCCCCCGGGCGGCGGCGUCAAGGCCGAGGACGACUUCAGCGUCAUCCUGGCCGACGUGCGCAAGACGUGUUACAGCAGCUGAUCUCCUCGACCCUAGCGCUGCGCUCGCAACUUCAAACAAACUGAUCACAGACGCUCGCCAAAUGUUUUUUUCAUUUCUAUCGCGACAUUGAUUGUUUUUUUUUUAAAGAAGUUUAUAUCUUUUCCACGGUUUACAGUGUGCAGGACUCUGUAUGAACAAGCAUUCUUGAGUUAUAUUUUCUUGUAUUCUCCCCUCCCUCUUCCACCUUCCAGAUCGGCGUUUCCAAAAACUGCAGUGAACGAUGAAGUUACGCCGCUGGAAGACAACCUGUCGCUUCCAAGGGUAACGAUGGGAAAGAGAACACGUCGACUUGACGUAAAGAAUUCUUCCUAAGUCGGACCCAUUUUGCUCAACUUGUGGCCUUAUAGAACUAGCCUGUUCAUUGUGCCUGUGUUGAAAAAAAAUCUAUUUAAUUAAUAUUAACUGUUGUAAAAUGUAAUUAAAUAUAUCUGGGAAGAAUUUUUUUAGUUGUAUUUACUACAAAUUAUACUUUACGAGAGUGUACGUAUAUAGAUUUUUGCGGUGUAAUUAUUUGAUGAGAUUUUUUGUUUUGUUUAUAUUAAUUGUAUACGAAAAAUCCUAUUUUGAAUUAUUCACAAAAUAAUUCCAUCCAUGUAUUAUACUCGAAAAGAAAGUCUUUAUAAAUUGACGUAUUUACACUUAAUGCGAGAGAUUCUUUACUUUGAGCUUUAAAAUGCUUUUUAUUUUUAGCAGGAUUAUAACUAUCGGUGCUAUUCACAAUCUUGUCGUCAUAAAAACUCUUGCAAAUAAAGAGUUCCUAUAAUCGCAUUCCAGAAAUUACCCCGUUAUACUGUUUAAAACAACGAGAAAGUGAUCUUAACGGAUACAGUCAAUACAAUAACGUUCAAUUAUCUCUUGAUUGUUUGUAUAUAAUAAUAAAUAGCUCUUUACGUGAAACUACAGAAUUACAUAUCGACUAUGUGUGUAAUCAAGCACAUUGAGAAAAAAGCAUUACUGCAAAACUCUUCACGGCAAAUAGUCUACGUAAAAGAAAUUAAACUUUUAAUAACUCAGUGACAUUUCUGCACUAUACAUUUUUAUUUAAAUUUUUGUUUGUCAGUAAAUUUAAUAAUUUCAAAUAUUUGUAGAUGCAAUUUAUUUUAAAUAAUUAAAACAAUACUGUGAUGACUGAACAAGUGCCUUAUAUCUUGCUUGUCCUUUUUCCACUAAAAUAUAAGGGCGAACUGUGAUGUACAAAUGUGUUAAUACGUAUUUGUAAAUAAGUUAUAUCUUCACCGCUGAAAUAAAGGCUUUGAUAAAUUGUAAAGCUAUGACCAAAUUCCUGUAGUAAAAAAGAAUAUUUUUUUAACCAAACAAGGUGAAAGAAAUGUUAUGAAAUAUAGUUAAAUUUUUACACAUUAUAAUUUAUUGUAAUGUUCACUUGAUAAAAAAUAUUUACAAUACUAAUGUUGCCAUGGUUGCAUUGUCAUUAUUAUAGUAAAAAAAAGUUAUAGUGCCUUAAAAGAGAUACAAAAUGAUAGUGUACAGGUUUUGAGAGUACAAUAUUUCUUCCUAAUUUAAAAUAUAUAUAUAUUAAUACAACUAUCAUUAUUUUAUCAGCAAAAUAAAAACAAAAACCUGUUGCAUUUGGUUUUAUUUUGGUCAGUAAAUGAAUCAGUACAAACGUUUUUCAAUAACAAAUUAUUUAGUUCAAUAAUUUCUUGCACAUAAAAAGAGAAAAAAUAAUUUUUGCAUUCAUGAAACUUGUAUAAAAUAUCAGGCAAUUGCUGGUAGUUUACGUUUCCUUGAAAAUAUUUUAUAUAAUGUAUAUUAAUUUUAUAAUUUUACAAAAAAAAAAUUGUCAUUUUUGGUGUUAAGUACAUGUUACAAGUUUUUUUUUAUGGUGGCUAUACAAUUACGACAAAAAGAGCUUACAUAUUUGUACUUAUUUUUCUUUCUCGAAGGAACACAUUCCACAAUGAUAUUAGUAAAGUUUGCAUUACUGUUGUUUAUUUUUAGUUUGAUACCAAUAUUUGAAUAAAAUUUUAUAAAUGACUUUCAUACGAGUCCUGAAGACUUUAUGAAGAUGCUAGAAGUGUAUUCGAUGGAGUUACGCACUCCACCGACUUAGUUCGUGUUAAAUGUACUUACUGUAUAAUGUAUUUAUAAAAGAAGAAUGGGCGAAAAAUAGAGAACUAUAAGAGAGUUGUAAAAAUGUAGUGUUUACGAGAUUUAUCGUUCCUUUCUUCUCAUUAAUACAAUCAGCAUUGUGUAUUGUUGUUCGUUGUUUGUACCGUCCAGAGAUUUUGGGCUUUAUCAAACACAUUGAAAUAAAAAUUUGUAUUCACAA